CGCAGUGUUCGUCGAUGCUAUCCGAGAUUAUCUUGUUUUUGUCGCCAUAUCUGUCAGACUGAUAACGCUUCGGUGGUAGAUGAAUUCGCCCGUAUAGUUCAAAGCGAGACAUGAUGUAAAGAGCUCUUGUCCUGUCCAUAUUCGAGCAAUUAUAAAAGUAAUGCACGUUGGCGUUCACUCGCCGCCACUAAAACUACAAGCGACAUCAUGGAUGAACACUACGUAAAAGACAACUAAUACGACAAAUGUGAUGGGUGCCGAUGCUAGCAAAAACAGCAAGUAUACAGGGUCGGAGGAGCAGUCACAAAUAUCCAGAUGGCGGGGAUUUCUCUCUGCUGUGGGUAUUUCUCUCCCAGCUGGUCUUUGCCGAAUCAACCCAUUACGAUUGGGAUCACAUAGGAUGAUUUGUGACAAGGAGCCAUCCAUUCCCGAGCACCUGGUCUCCUCAUUACCGGGCCCUGAGAAACUCCGCAUGGAAUGGAGCCUGCCAAGUUUUAUCAACAUGUUUCUGCCUGAAUUUCCCCAUCGCAACGUCCCAGGACACGAACAUUUUCAGGUCCUGGGAUACAUAGCAAAAGGAUCUUUUGGUCCCAUUUUAAAGGUUAAGGAUAAAUCGAAGCAUAAGAUCUAUGCAGUUAAGGUUAUUCCAAAAUCUGAGAUUUUGCGUUUGGGAGUUUUGGAGCAGUCGAAGGAGGAAGUAAUAGUCCAGCGUCAGGUCCACCACCCUUUUGUCCACGACCUUCAGGACUGCUGGCAGACCCAGCGGCACAUCUACAUUAUGUGUGAUUACUGCAGCACAGGGGACCUGUACACGUACUGGGUGAUGAUUGGUCAGUUUGGAGAGGAAGUAGUGAAGGUUUUCGCUGCUGAAUUAAGUUCUGCUCUAGGGUUCCUUCAUGAUUGUGCAAUCAUCCAUCGUGAUGUGAAGAUGGAGAAUGUCCUUCUAACAGAUCAGGGCCAUCUACGACUGGCUGACUUUGGUUUGUCGCGGCGUCUGGAGCGUGGAGGAAGGGCGUUCACUAUUUGUGGAACAAUCCAAUACAUGGCUCCUGAGGUCCUUAGCGGUGGUCCCUAUAACCACGCGGCUGAUUGGUGGUCUCUCGGCAUCCUUCUUUAUGCACUGGCCACUGGAAAGUUUCCUGUGUCUCCAGAGCCAGAUCAUUGUUGCAUGCUAAGGAGAGUACGCAGCUUCCCUUACGAGAUGCCAAAAAACUUCUCUCCUCCUUUUGCUCUCCUGCUCACAGAGCUUCUUUGUAAGACUCCAGCACGUCGCCUUCGGACACUGGAGCGCUUCAAGCGGCAAACCUUUUUCCACGGCACAACGUUUGAUUCCCAUCUGCUCCAAAAGACCCCCAUGGAGCUGAUCCUGGAGCUGAAGAACCGGCCUGACCGCCCUGCCAAAGCCCGUCGAGGCCUGACCCUAGAGCCCUUCCCGAACUUUGACUGUGACUUUCUCUUGACCUCACCGUGCACACCCACCGCUGCAGACCUUUCCCCGACUCUGGCCAACAUGGAGCGGGUAGAAGCACUCAUGCAAAGCCGUGUACCUCAGGACGAUGCUUCCCAACGAGAAGUGUUUGUAUAACUUUUUAAAAAAUUUUUGUCAAGAGUUCUUGACAUGGUCUGGGAUGGUCUAACCAAAUACGACAAUUAUGUCAUCUUUCCAAACCUGUAUGAUUAACUUCUGUGAAACACAAAACAAGGUAUUUCGAAAAAUGUUGGAUACCGCACAACUGACUUCCAUUUAAUGUACAAAAAAUAUAAUUGAAGUUUUGUAUGGUUGCCAGUGUUCUUCAAAACGUCUUCUCUGGUGUUCUUCAGAAGAAACUCGUGCAGGCUUGGAAUGACAUGAGUUUAAGUAAAUGAAGGCAGAAUUUUAAUGUUUAGGUAGACCUUUAAAUACGAGGUUAUUCUUCUGUGAAGGAAUUUGGUUGUUAAGUGUAUUUCUUAUUGCACGCUCCAAUCUUUGUGUUUAAUUCCUUACCUUUUGUUGAGACGUUUAGUGAAAUGUGGGUUAUCGUUCAUCGUAUCCUUUGACGUUAUUUGACUAUUUUGUUAUGAAUAUGCCAUCACUGCAUUUUCAUUAAACAAACAUACCAUAAAUUCAGUUCUUCAUAGUUUAUAAUGUUUUGACAGCUUCACAAACCCUCAGGGAUGUACUUUAAUGCUAAAAGGAGAAGAUUUUCAAGUGGAUACCUACACUUUUAUAUAACUUAAUGCUUAGCAGCAUUGGGCAUUUUUUUCCAUAAUGCACUGUGGACUGAUCCUGUGGGAAAGGGACUGUGAUUACGUGUUAUACCUAUUUUCCUAUUGGCUUUAUUGUUCAUACUGUUAUUUUAACCUCUGCUGAGGGCCUGAAUGGAUGCCCAUGUAUGCAUGAAUAACCUUGUCUGCCUGAGAUGACAGUUCUUGUUUUGUACCCAGAAUGCCUGACACCAGUGAUCCUUUAUUAAAUACUGAGCAAAAAAUAAGGAAAAUUAUGUAUUCUUUGUA